AUGGGUCUCACUUUCUCGAAGCUGUUCGACCGACUAUGGGGUCGCAAGGAGAUGCGUAUUCUGAUGGUCGGUCUCGACGCUGCCGGAAAGACCACCAUUCUGUACAAGCUGAAGUUGGGUGAAAUCGUCACCACCAUCCCCACAAUCGGUUUCAACGUCGAGACCGUCGAAUACAAGAACAUUCAAUUUACCGUGUGGGAUGUCGGUGGUCAGGACAAGAUCCGUCCUCUCUGGAGACACUAUUUCCAGAACACCCAGGGUAUUAUCUUCGUUGUCGACAGCAACGAUCGUGACCGUAUCGUCGAGGCUCGGGAGGAGUUGCAGCGCAUGUUGAACGAAGAUGAGCUCCGUGAUGCUCUGCUCCUUGUUUUCGCCAACAAGCAAGAUUUGCCCAAUGCCAUGAGCCCUGCCGAAAUCACCCAGCAGCUGGGUCUGCAAAGUCUCACCCGCCGUCCUUGGUACAUCCAAUCCACCUGCGCCACCACCGGAGAUGGUCUGUACGAAGGUCUGGAGUGGCUUGCCGAAACCCUGCGGAAGGUCAACCGCGACUAA